UCCGGGUCGUCGUCACCCAUUUUUUUUCGGGGCGCGCGCGGGGGUGCAGGGGGUCGUCCCGAGUUCGCGAAUCUUUCCAGGAACACGAAAACCCUCCCGGCUCGGGCCCGUCCACGGAACGCCCAUUGCACACCCCCCGCCUUGCCAUGGCGUCCCUCGGCCCCGGCAGCCAGAAUGUCACCGAGUAUGUCGUCCGAGUUCCCAAGAACACCAGCAAAAAAUAUAAUAUCAUGGCGUUUAACGCCGCCGACAAAGUCAACUUUGCUACUUGGAAUCAGGCCCGGCUGGAGCGGGACUUGAGCAACAAGAAGAUCUACCAAGAGGAGGAAAUGCCGGAGUCAGGCGCGGGCAGCGAGUUCAAACGCAAGCUACGAGAGGAGGCGCGCCGGAAGAAGUACGGCAUUGUCCUCAAAGAGUUCCGGCCAGAGGACCAGCCCUGGCUGCUGCGCGUGAACGGCAAGGCUGGCCGCAAGUUCAAGGGCAUCAAGAAGGGCGGCGUGACGGAGAACACGUCGUAUUACAUCUUCACGCAGUGUCCCGACGGGGCCUUCGAGGCCUUCCCCGUGCACAACUGGUACAACUUCACGCCCCUGGCCCGCCACCGCACGCUCACCGCCGAGGAGGCCGAGGAGGAGUGGGAGAGGCGGAACAAGGUGCUGAACCACUUCAGCAUCAUGCAGCAGCGGCGGCUCAAGGACCAGGACCAGGACGAGGACGAGGGGGAGAAGGACAAGGGCGGCCACAGGAAGGCCAGCGAGCUGCGCAUCCACGACCUGGAGGACGACCUGGAGAUGUCGUCGGACGACAGCGAGGCCAGUGGCGAGGACGGCAGCAGAGCCCCCAAGGCCAAGAAGAAGGGGCCCCUGAGCAAGGGCGGCAGGAAGAAGAAGAAGAAGAAGGGCUCGGAUGACGAGGCCUUUGAGGACAGUGACGAUGGCGACUUUGAGGGCCAGGAGGUGGACUACAUGUCCGACGGCUCGAGCAGCUCUGGGGAGGAGGCUGAGGGCAAGCCGAAAGUGCCGCAGCAGGAGGAGGGGCCCAAAGGGGUGGAUGAGCAGAGUGAGAGCAGUGAAGAGAGUGAGGAAGAGAAGCCGCCCGAGGAGGACAAGGAGGAGGAGGAGGAGAAGAAGGCCCCCACGCCGCAGGAAAAGAAGCGCAGGAAAGACAGCAGCGACGAGUCCGACAGCUCCGAGGAGAGCGACAUUGACAGCGAAGCCUCCUCGGCCCUCUUCAUGACGAAGAAGAAGACGCCCCCCAAGAGGGAGCGGAGGCCAUCGGGAGGCAGCUCCCAUGGCAACAGCCGGCCAGGCACACCCAGCACUGAGGGUGCCGCCGCCGCCUCCUCCUCCACGCUGCGCGCUGCGGCCGGCAAACUAGAGCAAGGAAAGCGUGCCAGCGAAGCACCGGCGGCCAAGCGCUUGAGGAUGGACAAUCUUUCCGGGAAGUCCACCCCGCAGCCGCCAUCCGGGAAGUCAACGCCCAGCGGCGGGGACGUGCAGGUGACCGAGGAAGCCGUGCGCCGCUACCUGACCCGUAAGCCCAUGACCACCAAGGACCUGCUGAAGAAGUUCCAGACCAAGAAGACGGGGCUGAGCAGCGAGCAGACGGUCAACGUGCUGGCCCAGAUCCUGAAGCGGCUGAACCCCGAGCGCAAGCUCAUCAAUGACAAGAUGCACUUCUCCCUCAAGGAAUGAACCCCAAUAAACAGCCUUGGCUCAGGA